GGCUCACGCGGCAGGCGCCACUUCCGGUGCGGUCCAAGAUGGCGGACCUGCUUAGCACGAUCUUGAGCUCUAUGGAGAAACCGCCGAGUGUGGGCGACCAGGAGAGCCGGCGGCAGGCCCGGGAGCAAGCAGCCAGACUGAAAAAGAUGCAAGAGGAAGACAAGAGACACAAAGCCGAAUUCAGGAAGCGGAUGGAGAAACUGAUUUCCGAUUUUAUCCAGAGCAGCACACAGAAAAAGAAGAAAUUUGAUCCAAUGAACAAACUCGAGAGGAGUAUUCUGCACGAUGUGGUCGAAGUGGCUGGGCUGACCUCCUUCUCGUUUGGGGAUGACGAUGAGAGUCGAUACGUGAUGAUCUUCAAAAAGGAGUUUGCUCCAUCCGAUGAGGAACUGGAAGCCUACCGCAGAGGUGAGGAGUGGGAUCCACAGAAAGCUGAAGAGAAACGCCGGAUUAAGGAGUUGGCUCAGCAAGAACUCGAGGAAGCUGAAACCCGAGGGCCUUCGAAGGAGCCCUGCCCCAACAGCAACUACAAGGAGAAGUAUAGCCAUUUAAUUGGCACUGUCGCAGCCAAGGAGGGCGCACACACGCUUCAAGCUAACAAGGCGUACGGCUGUGUGCCCACAACCAACAAGAGGGACACGCGCUCGAUUGAAGAAGCGAUGAACGAGAUCAGGGCCAAGAAGAAGCUGAAACUGUCGGAUGAAGGAACAGGCGGGUCGAGUGGACAGUAGCUGGGGAUUGAUGCCCAGGUGUGAAUCUCCUUCAGGAGCUGUGACCUCUAUCAGGGUGGCAAUGUCCCUGCUUGCUGCAGUUACGCCCAUGCUGUGUUCCUCGGGAUGUGGGGCAGAGAUGGGUAGCGUUGAGACUGCGGUUCGGGAGAGGGGGAAGUGGGAAGUUGGGAUUGUGUCUAAACCCAGGAACCUUGGUCUUGAUGCCUGGACCAGGUUCCUGUGAUCUGCACGAGGGGAACUUUAGUCUCUGUCAUGUUCACUGAGUUGUCCUUUCCUUGGGUAUCGGCCCCCUUCCCCCUGGUCUGCCACUAACUGAGGGAAUCCUCAAUUAUGGUCAGUGCUGUUGGAGUGGGAGGGAAGCAGACAAAGGUUUUAAUCAAGGUCUUUGUGUUGUGCAACUCUUAAAGCUUUAAGGAAAGCAGUGUUCUGAUGUGGACAACCCCUGCUUAAGCUCAUUAACCACUGAAAUUGCUGCCUCCGAGUGUUAUCGUUGAGUCAACGGGAAACACUAAACGCUGAGCAUUUUGCUCCCCCCCCAUCCCAAGUUUCCAAACUGUGUUCCCCCCUCACCUGGGACUCCAUGCUGCCCCGUCCCUGCCCGCUCAAUCCCCCAGCUCGUGUGAUGGUGUUAAUCAGCUCCUGGUGACCGAGAGAGGGGAGCUCCUGGCCAGGACAGCUACUGUCUCUUUCAUUGCCUUCAGAAUCUAACUUGCAACCAUUUUGAAUGGAGUUUUCCCUUUUAUCUGCUGUGUUUGAAUGUAAAUUAUCAUCCUCGGAGAUGCUUGGUAUCAGUUAGUUGCUGAAAUCAUUUUAUCUUUUCGCAAAUAAACAAUAAUUUCGCACAUUC